UUUAAAUAUUAAAAUGAGCACUGAAGAGUUUACAUAUCUCUUUUCUCCUUCUCAAUCAUUGCUUGAACCAAAUGUUAUUACUAAAGUUCCUGAUACAGAAGAAGGAUCAUAUAAAGAUUACAUUGAAUAUGUUACUGAUACUGAUUCUGAUGUAUUGUCACAUAGUGAUAUGAGCUGGGAAUCUAUGGAAGAUAGAUAUGUGCCAUUUGAAGUUUUGUCCGAUGAUUCAACAGAUUCAAUGGUUUCAACAGCCUCAGCUGGUUUCACUUCAAGCGCUGAGCUUUCAUUGUCAUUGCUCAAUCAAGUGUCAAUAGAUGAAGAUUCAAUAAAAUGUGUAAACGAAAGUAGUUGGAGUAAAUAUGCUUUGAAUUUUAAUUUAUGGGAUGAUAAAAAUGCGCCUGUUGUAAAAAUCAGACACCAUGAUGACAUACUACUAGAUGAUUUAGAAUUAGGUGGCUAUUUUACAGACAGACUAAUAGGAAGUGGAAAAUCAUUUUUGACCAAAUCUCCUGAAAAUGGUCUUUAUAUUUUGAGUAAAUGCAUUAUGAGAAAUAUGGUAGCUUAUUGUAUUACUAAUACAGAAUGUUUAGGAACAUGAGAAGACUAUUCUAAACAAAAUUUUUCUUAUAGUCACUUUCAAAUAUUACAAUGUUACAAUAUCACCGUUAUUUGCAAUACAUUGAUCUUGCAUACAAUUUUAUCUCAAAUUUGUCUCCUCUGGGAGGAGUACCAUAUUUAAUGUUUUUGAACGUGGCAUAUAACAGAAUGUAUACUAUUUUAAACUUUAACCCACCUUGGUACUUGACAUAUGUAAAUUUAUCAUAUAACUAUAUAUCAGAAAUGUGUGAUAUCAGCAACUUCUGGAGUAUUGUUCAUUUAGAUUUAUCACAUAAUGCAAUUGACACUAUUUUUGGUUUGCAAAAUUUAAAGUUAGUAUAGUACAUUUUU